CCGAGCACGUGCAGAGGGGCGGGGAGGAAAACAGGGCAGCGGCCUCCGAUUGGCGGACCGCACGUGAACGCUCGAGGCGGCGCAUGCUCAGAGCCGCCGUGGGCUUUCUCCUCGUCGCCUCUCCGAGCUACGCCACCGGGGCCUCUGCGGGACGCGGGAGGCGACUACGGGCCCGGAGCCCGGCCCGUGGGAAGCCCGGCGCCGCCGGGGCCCGCGGGAAAUGGAGCCCGCCGAGGGCUCCCGAACGCGGAGGUCCGGAAGAACGCCCGCACGUGCGCAGUGCCGCGGAGGGGCUGGCGUAGCGCGCGCAGCCCCGCCCUCCGAAGUAGCGGCGACUCUUCCAGAAAGGGCAUCCCAGCUGGAGGCUCUCCCUGCAUGCAGCAGGAAGAUGGCAGCUGGGCUUGCAAAAGGCCCAUGGGGCACCCCUGAGCGCAGGCCCAUUUGCUUCUGCCCGGAGUGUGGGGAGGAGGUGAAGCCCACCUUCACCUUCUGUCCCUACUGCGGGGACCCCCUGCCACACAAGGAUGACGCGGGGAGCCGAGGCUCUCCCCAGGCGCUCGGGGCCGCCAGAGAAGCCUCCAGGAAGAGAGAGGCCCAAGGCCAAGGGGUCCAGAGGAAGAGAGUGAAGGGGACCUCACCCUGCACCUCGCCUCCCACCCCCCCCCCAGACCCCAGGGGGUCACUGCCACCCCCAGCCCGCUGGGAAAGGCCAAAGGUGAGAGCCAGCCCAGCUGCAGCCACGCGGGCUGCAGGAGGGAAGGGCCCCGGCCCCCCGGCCCCCCAGCCUCUGCCCUCGCUCUCCCAGGGGAAGGAGCCAGAAGCGGGAAGCGCCCACCCUCCGAGGUCCCCGGGCCGGCCACAAGGGACCCCGCCUCCGUGCCUUCCUCUGGGAGUGACCCUUCUGGCCUGCUGGAUCCCCGGCGGGGCCCCCAUCCCCUCCCCGCCCCACGGAGCCCUGGGAAACCGGCCUCUCCCUCCCUCCCCAGCCUUCCCGGCCUCCGACUCUGUGCUCCCAAAUCGGCGAUUUUCUCUCAAACUAGACUUGAAAAACGGACGCCUCUUCCAUGAGCAGAACUUCUUCCAGAGGGCGGCCAAAGGGAAAGAAGUGGACAGAUGGAAGAAGGCCCGCUCCCUCCCCUUCUUGGCCAUCCCGGCUUGCAUCACCUUUGGCCUGCACCAGGACACCUACAGGUUCAUGGUGUUCCCUGGCCUGGGGAGAAGCCUUCAGUCGGUUCUGGACGAGCGCCCCAGGAACAUGCUGGCAGAGCUGACCGUGUUCCAUCUCUUGUUCAGACUGGUGGAUGCCCUGGAAUUCAUCCAUGAGAACGAGUAUGUUCACGGAAACAUCUCGGCAGAGAAUAUCUUUGUGAAUCCGGACACGCCUGGCCAGGUCACCCUGGCUGGCUACAGCUUUGUGUUCCGCUACUGCCCUGGGGGGAAGCACGUGCCGUGCGUGGAGAAGAAAAGAGACCCUCACCAGGGGACGCUCGAAUUCAUCAGCCUGGAUCUGCACAGGGGCACAGACCCCUCCCGCCGCAGUGACCUGCAGGCCCUCGGCUAUUGCCUUCUGAAGUGGCUCUAUGGGGCCCUGCCGUGGACCGGGCAGCUUCCCGACGCUCAGGCGGUCAUGGGGCAGAAGGAGAGGUUCCUGUACAACGUGGCGGAGCUCGUGAGGCGGUCUUGUGGCCAAAGGAAGCCCUCAGAAGCGCUGAAGGCCUUCCUGAAGGCGGUGAUGGCGCUGCAGUACGAGGAGAAGCCCGACUACCGCAUGCUACAGACGGUCUUGGCGCCGGCCCUGGAACAGUACCACCUCAUGCCCUACAGCCCCAUCUCCUUCUAGCCGACCCACAGAUUUAUCAGCUCCCUGCUUGUUUCCUCCAAAAGUGAUUAUGAAGCCGGCCUGAAUGUCAUUCCACGAGGGACCCCCUCUCGGGCUGAUCUCACCAGAGCCAGAAGUUCUCCCAGAAAGCUUGUUUUUCAGUCUUAGAUAAUGUGAAAAGUCCAGUCAGAGCCCAUGAGACCUGCCGAGGAGGCGGCAGCCGGAGGCAGGCGGGGACCCGGGGGACCAUGCUUGGGGUUCUGGGAUCGCCCCCCUGCCAGACCUCCCCCCGGGGCCCUGGGCGGCCCAUCUACGUCUGCGGGGUCUGCCUGGGAGCUCUCCCUCAACCUCGGAGCCCCCAGAGCCACGGCUUUAUGUUCUGUGCUCCUGCCUCCUGGUCCCCCCUGCUCCACACUGACCCCCCGCCGCUGCCCCCUCGCCAUGGGGAGGAGUCACAUCUCCUGCUUCAUCCCUUCACCUCGCUCUGCAGACUGUGGCUCCCAGAGACUCUCGGCUGAGUUUAAAUGAAAAGACUCUUGGGAGCCGCCAGUAACAACUAAAAGAAAGCCCCCAGGAGCCCAGACGUCUGUGCCCCAGUAUUUAAACUGGAGCCCGGGGCAGUGCAUGAUGGCGGCACCAAAGGAGACAGGUGGAGAGGAAGAUGACCCCCGAUCAGGCCUUCCUGUUUCCUUAGAGCAGGGACCAUGUCCCAGAACAGAAGCGACGUGGGAUGGGACGUGAGAUUCUGAGACUGGGACGUCCAAAGGCAGUCAUCGCGCCCAGCCCCCCCAGAACAUUCCCCACACACGAUUCUGCGGCUUCUUCUUGAAGACCCUUGCAGGCACCAAGGCAACCCAAGCUUCUCGGGUCAGGCUGACCUCCAUGUCUAUAGGCGAGGCCCUGAGACGGGCAGGAACAAGCUCCGAGCCGUGGCCCUACGGUCCAGCGGCUCUUCCUGGGCCGAGGGACCCCAAGAUUUCUGUGAAACGUUGGAAGUUGUUCUUCUUAGAGGAUGGUAGAGCCGGGAGCUUGAUUUGUUUGGCCAUUUGGGAUUUUCUUGCCAAAGGGACCGGAGUGCUUUACCCUUUCCUUCCACCGUGGAUUCAGGCAAACUGGUGAAAUGACUUUCCUAGAGUUACAUAGCUGGUAUCUGCACCUAGAUUUGAACUUGGGUCUUCUUGACUCAGCCUGGGGCUCUAACCACUAGAAAUCCUUAAUUCCACUUGCUUGAGGUUUUGUUUUCAAUUCUGUUCCAGGUCAUAGACUGUGACCAUGAUGAUGACAGGGAUUGGGGGAGAUACACAGAUAUCGUCUCCGCGUGUUGUAUGUAAGCAGUUUAUCCUUAUUUAGUCCUUUGUUUGUUCUUUCUGAUGAAGUUUCUCCCUUUGCACUACUUUUGGGGUGUUUUGUGUCUGAUUUGCAAAUUUUAUAACUUUUAAAAAUUGUUGAAAAAAUUAAAUAUAAAUACAAAUAUAAAAUAAAACUAUAUUUAACUUAAUUUGGUUGACAUAAGCAUGUUUUAUUUGUUAGAUGUUGCACAAUCUGGAGUGCCGGUUUCUGAUGGUCUUUUUCUUUUGGCAAGAAUCCAAGGCCACCUGAUCACCCUCUGGACACCGUCCAGCUAAUACUCACACUGCGGCUGCGGGCAGAGGUCCUGGCCCCAGGCACUGCUGUGAAGUGCUUCCGUGGUAACCUUUUAAUGGUCAUAUGACCCUGUUGAUGCAUGGUGACAUUUAGCCCGCCAAGAUCCCCAGAUCUUUUUCAGAUGAAGUGCAAUGGAGGGACCCAAUCAAGGCUUAAGAACACUUCCCCCCUAGCAUCCCUGAGGACUCUCUUCCCCAGGGGAAGCUCCCAAGGUCCUUCUCUCCCCUUGGUUCUUCACUGCGAUGCUUUCAUCCCAGAGCACCAUAGCUGAGCAGUCCCCAAGGGGCCCUGAGGCUGAACGGCCAGAGCUUCCACAGCCUUUCCCCGCAGCCCAUCAGGCCGAGAACGCCAGGCUCACGUCCACAUUUGACGGCAAACUGUCGUCAGCAUCGGGAUGGACAAGACCCGUGUGGGACUGGGAGCGCCCGGAUGGUGGGGUUCUGAAGCCUGGUGAGGUCAAUCAGACCCGAGGUCACCUCCUGCUGAGAGGGGACAGCCCCGAGGACCCUGCCUGAGAGGGAGGGAGCCCAAGAUCCCAGAUCUUCAAUGCAAACUCAUGUGGGAGCAAAAGGCAGCCUAUUGAUCCUCCUCCUCGAGCUCUGAGAUGGUCAGUCCAUCUUCCAGGGCUCUGGGCUCCCGGGCCCACUAAGAAGAGGGAUGUUGGAGAACCAAUAAUCCUCUGAACUCUCCAUUUCCACUUCCUGCAGGUGAGCUCACGCCUCAUACUCAGCACCAGCUUCCACAUUGCGUCCCUCAUUCGCCGUCCCCUGCACCUUCCUGUUACCUAGCUCUGGCCCCUAGCAGCCCUUGGGUCCUGUCCAAGCCCCA